AUGGUCAACCACACGGAGCUGAGGGAAUUCCUGCUCCUGGGAUUCUCGGAGAUCCGGGAGCUGCAGCUGUUCCAGGCCGCGCUGUUCCUCCUGGUCUACCUGGCGGCUCUGACGGGGAAUCUCCUCAUCAUCACCGCCACCGCCCUCGACCGGCGCCUCCACACCCCCAUGUACUUCUUCCUCAGGAACCUGUCCGUCCUCGACCUCUGCUACAUCUCCGUCACCGUCCCCAAAUCCAUCCACAACUCCCUGACAGAAUGUAGAUCCAUUUCCUUCCUAGACUGUGUCACCCAGGUCCUCUCGGUGGUCCUGUUUGCCGCCUCAGAGGUGUUCCUCCUCACGGCGAUGUCCUAUGACCGCUAUGCCGCCAUCUGCCUCCCCCUGAGCUACGAGGUCGUCAUGAACACAGUGGCCUGUGUGAAGAUGGUGGCCAUUUCGUGGCUCACUGGGGGCCUGGUUGCAGUUAUGUUUUCAGCUGGCACGUUCUCCCUGUCCUUCUGUGGGUCCAAUAUCGUCCAACAGUUUUUCUGUGACGUCCCCUCCCUGCUGAAGAUCUCGUGCUCCAAGGACCACGUGGCCGUCGACGUGAGCAUCACCACUGGGGUAGUGUUAGGCGUGGCCAGCUUCAUUCUCAUCAUCUUCUCGUACGUACGCAUCUUCCAGGCUGUACUGAGGAUGCCGGCCGCCGAGAGCCGAGCCAAAGCCUUCUCCACCUGCCUGCCCCACCUUGCCGUCAUCACUGUUUUCAUCUCGGCGGCGCUAUUUGCCUACCUCAAGCCACCCACGGACUCCCCCUCCAUCGUGGAUCUGCUGGUGUCCGUGUUCUACUCUGUGGUGCCCCCCGCCCUGAACCCCCUCAUCUACAGCCUGAGGAACCGGGACAUGAAGGCCGCCAUGGGUAGGAUCCUAAAAGGAUCACUCGCCCGGCCUCUGCUCUGGAACAAAAUGUCUCCUUCCUUGUGCAAAUCCUUUCACCCCACCACUUGA